CAACCAGCCCCUUCUGGGACACAAUGGAGUGAGUACUGGUCCGUUAAGCCUAAAAGACUCCCCAGGAGAGAGCGGGCCUCAGAGUGUAAACAGGCCCCAGGGAGGACUGGCUGCUGGAGGGCAGUCGACCACUGUGGGCUCACCCCGCUGGGACCAGUCACUCCCGCCUGGCACCUGGGCUCUGGCUGUCCGGCCACUGCCAUCUUCAACAUGGACCUCCAGACACACGCUCCACGUGCCUCCAUAGAGCUGUGCUCUGGGCAACGUGCUACUUCCGCCUGCCAUGCCCUGCCCCUUGUCACCUGGUGGACGGAGCAGUGUCGCCUCUGCAUGCCAGCGCCACGUCCCACACCGGAGCAGGCCUUCCUUCGUCUCCCCGGAACGCAGAGCACACGGCACACCUGUCCUGGCCACUCGCUACGUGUGGGCAUGGGAUGCCGGUGACAGAAAACAAACGAACAGCGGGGCUUCUGAACUACCCAAGGUGUAUACAGGAGGCUGUGUUUUCCAAAGCAGCACUCCACACCGGCCCCGAAGGAAGGUUUUCGCAUUGCUUCCAGGCGCAAAAGGCGGUUUCAGUGACGCAAAGGAUGCUUCCCAGGGUCCCAACAGCUCGACGUGUCACCCCUCACAGAGGCCCACACUGACACAAUCCACCCGGGUGCUCGCUCCUAACAGGACGCUGGCCCUCAGCACCCCCAGGACCGCAGCUCCCAGGCUCCGCCCGGGCCCUGCCCAAUCACUGAGCAGCACACUAGCCCGUGGUCUCCCUCCGUCGCCCAGAAUCCCCAGGCCCACCCUAGUCCGGCCUCCUGUUGCCUGGUCAAAGGUACCGGCCUCCACUCGCCCCAAAGCCCAUUCUCGACGCUGCCAUCGCAAAACGUGACUUGGGCCACAGCUCUCCUUCCCUGCGCCCUGCAGCGGCUGCCCAUCCCUCAGGGAAGAGCCCCCACUUAGUUUUCCCCCCACCUCCCUCCUGUCUGGGGGACUCAGCCAUUCUCAGAACAAGCCCCUUCCUCUCUCUGACUCUUCCCUACCUGGAUGCCUGUCACCUCCUUCUAUCUGACUCUCUCCCCAGCCUCCAGGCCUGCCCGUCCUCAGAGCGCAUCUGGGGCCUGCAGCACCCCAGAGCCUGCCUGGCCUUCCACCCCCACACAUCCUGUUCACUACAGCGCUCAUCCACCCAGCCCUCUGCCCCACACAGAAGCUGCUCUUGUCCACGAGAAGCUUGGAACCACUGCCAGCCUGGCCAGACCACAGCAGUCCCUCCAGUUCCGAGGACACAAGCCGCGGAUGGAGCCAGGGUUAGUUUCCCGCCGUUUCCUCCACGUGGCUGAGAAGCUGCAGGAAACUAACCCUCGGGAGACAGGAACUAACCCAGGGUCAGUCCCCACGGCCGAGAAAGGAAAACUAGCAUGGGACUGGCACUCCUGUAGCCCCACCUUAGGCCUGACUCCUGACGGGGAAGCUGUGGCGAGGAGGGGCAGGGACGGUUACCGCAGUCCUAGGUGCCGGCUGCCUGACGGUGGGCGGGAACAGGCACUGCUGCCACGCCAGCCUGGCUUCCAAGGUUCCAGGGGCCCUGUUCCCCCCCCAGCCCAGGUCCCACUCCCGGGCGCCUGGCUUUAUGACUUCACAUGCUGAAGUCACGUGGAGAUAAUGCUGAGCAUUCCACACGUCCGAGGAGGCCCAGCCAGACGGCUCCCCACGCUGUAAAUGAGGACAAUGCCUGCUGGCCCACGUGGGGAGGGGAUGUAGAGGGCAGUGGCGCCAGCCACUCCUGGCACCAUGGAUGAUGCCGCGGUCCUAAGGAAAAAGGGUUACAUCGUGGGUAUCAACCUUGGCAAGGGCUCCUACGCAAAAGUCAAAUCGGCCUACUCCGAGCGCCUCAAGUUCAAUGUGGCGGUCAAGAUCAUUGACCGCAAGAAAACGCCCUCCGACUUUGUGGAGAGAUUCCUUCCUCGGGAGAUGGACAUCCUGGCCACCGUCAAUCACCGCUCCAUCAUCAAGACCUACGAGAUCUUCGAGACCUCGGAUGGGCGGAUCUACAUUGUCAUGGAGCUCGGGGUCCAGGGCGACCUCCUCGAGUUCAUCAAGUGCCGGGGGGCCCUGCACGAGGAUGUGGCUCGCAAGAUGUUCCGCCAGCUCUCCUCCGCCGUCAAGUACUGCCACGACCUGGACGUCGUCCACCGGGACCUCAAGUGCGAGAACCUUCUCCUCGACAAGGACUUCAACAUCAAGCUGUCCGACUUUGGCUUCUCCAAGCGCUGCCUGCGGGACUGCAGCGGGCGCAUCAUCCUGAGCAAGACCUUCUGCGGGUCGGCAGCAUACGCGGCCCCCGAGGUCCUGCAGGGCAUCCCCUACCAGCCCAAGGUCUACGACAUCUGGAGCCUGGGCGUGAUCCUCUACAUCAUGGUCUGCGGCUCCAUGCCCUACGACGACUCCGACAUCAAGAAGAUGCUGCGCGUCCAGAAGGAGCACCGCGUGGACUUCCCGCGCUCCAAGAACCUGACGGGGGAGUGCAAGGACCUCAUCUACCGCAUCCUGCAGCCCGACGUCAACCGGCGGCUGCACAUCGACGAGAUCCUCAGCCACUCGUGGCUGCAGCCCCCCAAGCCCAAAGCCAUGUCCUCCGCCUCCUUCAAGAAGGACGGCGAGGGCAAGUACCGGGCCGACUGCAAACUGGACACACGGCCGGGCUCAUGCCCCGAGCACCGGCCCGACCACAAGCUGGGCGCCAAGACCCAGCACCGGCUGCACGUGGUGCCCGAGAACGAGGACAAGAUGGAGGACAGGCUGGCAGAGACCUCCAAGGCCAAAGAGCACCACGUCCCCGGAGCCGAGGUGGGGAAGGCAGGUGCCUAGGGGGCGGGCGGCCGGGGGGGGGAGGGGAGCGCGCGUGGCGCACGGUGGCGCCCGCGUUAACGAAGUAGGCAGGUAGGAGCUGAAGAAGGCACAGGUGCAAGGAACAAGUAAAAUCUGUCAAUUAAACCGCUAUUUUGAUUAC